CCAUGACUGGUAUUUGGAGUGAUAGCAUCCUUUAUUCAAAUUCUCUCUGAUUUGCUGCUGUAGGCUUAGAGAGGCUGGUUCUUCCCGAAGGAUAUUAGGUGCAGUGUAAGCUGCAGAUACCUGCUCAGCUGGCUAAGUCUUUAAUCAUGGAAAGAAGGCUCCUAAAGAAGGAAAUGAAAAAGCUCCUGAAAAGGCCAUUCCGUGCCAGACCCAUAUAUCCAAACCAUAGAGAAAGAGAAGCAAUGAUUUUAUCAUCUUAUGCUGGAAUCUUAAUGAACAGCAUCCCAAUUGAGGAAGUCUUUAAAAUUUAUGGGGCUGAUUCUUCUGCCAAUUCUUGUGCUACCAAGGUUCCCCAAGCUACACCUUUCCACCUCUCCUUGCAUCCUUUUGCCAUGUUAACAGCACCCAAGGCAGCAGAAUAUGCCCGCAAACAGAAGGCAGCAGUCAGGGCAGCUAUAUACACAGCGGCCGUCGCCCUAGUCCCACAAAGCACCGAGCGAAACCUCCUGCUCACCCUAUCCAAAAUGGGAAAGAUCACCUUCUACGAGGACCGUGGCUUCCAGGGCCGCUGCUACGAGUGCAGCAGCGACCACUCCAACCUGCAGCCCUACUUCAGCCGCUGCAACUCCAUCCGGGUGGACAGCGGCUGCUGGAUGCUGUAUGAGCGCCCCAACUACCAGGGCCACCAGUACUUCCUGCGGCGCGGCGACUACCCCGACUACCAGCAGUGGAUGGGCUUCAGUGACUCCAUCCGUUCCUGCCGCCUUAUUCCUCAACACUCUGGCACCUACAGAAUGAGGAUCUAUGAAAGAGAUGACUUCAGAGGACAAAUGUCAGAGAUCACAGAUGAUUGUCUCUCUCUUCAGGAUCGCUUCCACCUCAAUGAAAUCCACUCCCUCAAUGUGCUGGAGGGCUGUUGGGUUCUUUAUGAGAUGCCCAGCUAUAAGGGAAGGCAGUACCUUCUGAGGCCAGGGGAGUACAGACGAUAUCUUGACUGGGGUGCUAUGAAUGCCAAAGUUGGUUCUCUUAGACGUGUCAUGGAUUUUUACUGAAGUAUUCACAUUCUCUAUGUGUCUCCUUUAGAACCUAAUAAAAUUUUGUAGCUUCUGUCUCUGGCA